CUGAACAUGAGGUGGCUACUGUUCUUCGCAGCCCUUAUAGGGGCUAGCUAUUGCAAGGAGAAGUUUAAUGGGCAUCAGGUUUUUCAAAUUAAAGCCCGGGAUGGAAACCAGAUUAACAAACUUCAAGAGCUGAUCAACAUGGAGAACUUCAAGCUCAAUUUUUGGAAACUGCCCACCACCACUGAGCGUCCGGUCGACGUUGUGGUUCCAUCAGGUAGUUUGAAACUAGUCAAAUCCUUCCUGGAAUCCCAUGGCUUAGAGUACUCAAUCUCCAUUCAAGACCUGCAGGCUCUCCUUGAUGAAGAAGUUGAAGAAAUGAAAUACAAUAGAGGAAAAGAAAGGAGUAACGGUAACUUCAACUACGAGGCUUAUCACAGCUUGGAAGAGCUUUAUCAUGAGAUGGACAGCAUUGCUUCUGAUUAUCCCAACCUAGUAAGUCAGCUGAAGAUUGGUUAUUCUUUUGAAAAACGACCACUGUAUGUACUGAAGUUCAGCACUGGGGAAGGCAAGAGACCCGCCAUUUGGCUGAAUGCUGGAAUCCACUCCCGUGAAUGGAUCACCCAGGCUACAGGAAUAUGGAUAGCCAGAAAGAUUGCAUCUGACUUUGGGAACGAACCAAACAUCACCUCCAUCCUGGAUAAAAUGGAUAUCUUCCUGAUGCCUGUGGCCAAUCCUGAUGGAUAUGUCUAUUCUCAAACCAAAGACCGCUUCUGGAGGAAGACUAGAUCCCACACUCUCGGAAGUAGAUGUGUAGGAGUUGACCCAAAUAGGAACUGGAAUGCAACCUUUUUCGGACAAGGAUCCAGUGAUGAACCCUGUUCUGAAGUAUACCGUGGACCGAAGCCUAAUUCAGAAGUCGAAGUGAAAUCGGUGGUGGAUUUCAUCGAAAGCCAUGGGAAUUUCCAAAGCUUCAUUGACAUCCAUAGCUACUCACAGCUCCUGAUGUAUCCUUAUGGGUACACAUGCAACAACGCCCCUGACUUUGCUGAACUGGACGAGGUUGGGAAACAUGCAGCACAAGCCCUGUACUCCUUGUUUGGCACCAGGUACCGGGUUGGACCUAUCUGCUCAACUGUGUAUCCAGCCAGCGGCAGCAGCAUAGACUGGGCCUAUGAAAAUGGCAUUAAAUAUGCUUUCACUUUUGAGCUGCGAGACACUGGACGCUACGGCUUCCUCCUGCCUGCUAACCAGAUCCUCCCCACUGCCCAAGAAACCUGGGUGGCCCUCCAAGUGAUCAUGAAGCACGUUAAAGACCACCUCUACUAG